AUGAACGCAAACGUGGCGUCGGUACAUUCGGAUGAGGAGAAUGCGUUUAUACGAGAUCUGAUGUUGAAGGAAUAUUACCCAAAUGGCGAACUACCGGACAAAGACCUCAUUGGGAUGCUAGGCGCGCAAAAGAAUCCCGUUGGUGAUGUCAGCAUCUGGGGCCUGCCCACCUCGCAGGGCGAUAUGACCGAGGAAAAUGAGUGUGAAGAUGGUUGGAUCUCAGCGCCUCAAUUUUCGCGUUGUUACAAGGUGAUUCUGGACAAAAUGACAUUUUACGCGGCCAUGCUGGCAUGUAGGGACGAGAACAGCUAUUUGAUUUCGCUCUCUGCCGACGGCGAUGAACAGGAGUAUUUUCUCAAAGAUUACUUCCCGGAGCCUGGGGUCGUUAGCAUGUGGAUUGGCGGGUUAUCGUCCACAGCGACGCUGGGGACUUAUGCAGCUGCAGAACAAAUCUGCCGAGGUUGGGGUUCGAUGGUGGCCACGGCAACGAGCUACGAAGAAAAUGAAGUGAUAAUUGAUGUCGCCGGAGCUCUGGCCAAUCAAGGAGCUGGGAUCUGGCUUGGCGCCAAGCGGGAUCCGAUAACUCUGGAGUAUACCUGGGCCGAUGCGACUGAGUUGAACGUGGCCUACUGGAGGGCUUCCAGUCCAUUGCCGAUCGCUGUCGGGGAUUGCCUGCUGGUGUUUCCGACGCUAGAACAGGGAAGCCCUGACUCUCAUCGCUGGGAGGAGAUUGGAUGCAAUGCGACGCUGGUCGCUGUUUGCAAAAAGAAAACU